AUGCCUCACGCUACGCAGAACCCGACCUCGGAGGUCCAGGACGAUGCCGAGUUUGACAAUGUUAUGCGACAACUGAAUAAUUACGAGGGCGGUCCAGAGUUUGAUUUCUUGACCCGAGAUCUAGAUGUCGGCGAAAAGGCGGAGGACGCGAUCGACUUUGAAGAUUUCGAGGAUGACGAACUGCCAGACGAAGAGGUACCUGGCGCAGCACAGCAGCCGGCUGCGAAUGACACGCAUGAUGAUCUUUUCGCGGAUCUGGGAGCAGCCGAUAACGGGCUCUUUGGGCCAAAUGACGACCUAUUUGGGGGAAACGGAGAUGAGGAGAAUUUUCAAGAUGGUGAUAGGAAUGGGGACAACCUGGAUGAUUUGUUUGGCGAAGGGCCUGCUUCUCCUCCGCCUGCUGGUCAGGCGGACGACACCCGGGAUCUUUUCGAAGAUGACGAGCCUGCAACAAAUGAACAACCCUCCGAGAUACCACCAGAGUCGACCAGUAAGGCAAUUCAGGAGCAGCCUUUGCCCUUCGAAGUGGACGAGGACGAUAUCCUCGACGAUGCGAGUGUUCUUUCAGAGGAAAUGGAUGAGGCAACCCUGCGGGCCUGGAAGCUCCAGCAACAGCUGUUUGCAAUGUCAGGGAGAGCCGGACCUGAAAAUCUACCUGCGCCGCCUGAAAAUCAUGAGGAACUUCUUCACUCGUUGUUUCCGAGCUUCGACCGCCAUACUCUACCCCGCUGGUUAGAGAUCAUCCCUCACAAGAAAGCAUUCUAUCUUGGCAAACAACCGCUCAAGGUUCCCAAGCCGGUUCUUCCUACGAAGGUCAACAUCGAACUUGCCCCUGACCAGGAGCGCCUCUUUAAAACAGGACAGGCGAACAAGCGGGGUGCUGACCAGGACUCCCUGGGAAUUGUUGUGAUAACGGAAGCUGCGCAGGAUGAAGAACCAGAGGAGGAAGAGAAGGAAGAUAUUGACAUGGGUGAUGCUGACGCAGAUGAAAUUCUGCCCGGAGGGUUCACCAUGCAAGACCUGCGGACGAUAUGUGUUGAUUGGGAUGUUCAAGACGAGAUGUCUGAGACAACAGAGGAUGUCACUAAACCUGUCGGCAAGGCUUCCGCAUCAAAGCCAUCCGAGGGUCUGGUGGAUGAUGAUGCGGACUGGCUCAUGGAUGAGAGUCCACCGCAGAAGAAACGAAAGACGGGUACAGCAGCUAUUGAUAUAAUCGCAUUGUCCCAUUUGGACAUUCCGCUCUUAGACGAGCCGGAGCUGGCUGUCGCACAGGUCGCGAAGAGGGUCAUUAUCGACAUGAAUGACCCCAACAUACUCGUGGAAGAGUUACGACCUGACGCUGUGCCGUCGAAGCCGAAACAAACUGGCCCUCGAAAUCGAGAGGACGUUGACACCAAUCUCACCCGCAAACUCACCUCUCGUUACAACAUCUCCAACGACCAGGCUUACGACAUGCUCAAGCAAAACCAUCAGAAUAAAAUCCGAAGCACUCUCGGAAAUGUCACUUUGGAGCAUGCUCUGCCAGCCUUGCGACUGCAGUGGCCUUACUAUAAGACCGAGCUACAGAAGACUGAGGCCAGAUCCUUCCACAGACCUGCCCUCAACUUCCGAGUCGGACAGACUUCCUGGUUCAAAAACCCCCCUCACAUCAAGCGCAAGCAUCUCAAGGGUAAGGAUGCCAAAGCGUUGUUUGACUCAACCAAGUCACUUUCAUUGGCCGAUAACUCGAGCGCUCUCUUGGUUGAGUACUCGGAGGAGGUACCCAUGGUGCUCUCCAAUUUCGGCAUGUGCAACCGUUUCAUAAAUUACUACCGCAGGAAGAAUCCAGAAGAUCCCACACGCCCGAAGGCGGAGAUUGGUGAGACGGCUGUCUUGCUGCCGCAAGACAAAAGUCCGUUCUCCAUCUUCGGACAUGUCGAUCCUGGCGAAAUUGUUCCAGCAAUUUCCAAUUCAAUGUAUCGGGCACCCUUAUUCCCGCACCAGGCCAAGUCGAAUGAUUUCCUUGUCAUCCGUAGCACUACGGGCUCUGGUGGCAUGAGUUAUUUCAUUCGCAAUAUCGAGAAUUUCUAUGUGGCUGGACAGCAGUUCCCGUCUGUUGAUAUUCCCGGUCCUCAUUCGCGGAAGGUUACCACUGUUGCGAAAAACCGCAUGAAAAUGCUCGUUUACCGACUGCUCAAGAAGAGUGCCGACGAGCGCCUUGCUAUCUCAGAUGUCACUGCGCAUAUCCCCGGUACGACUGAUAUGCAAAAUCGACAGAAGGUGAAGGAUUUCUUGCAGCACGAUAAGGACACAAAGUAUUGGAAGCCUUUGGAUCCUGUUCUUCCCGAUCAAGACACCAUCCGAUCCUGGGUUCAACCAGAGGACGUCUGUCUUUUGGAGUCCAUGCAAGUCGGACAGCAACAUCUGCACGACACAGGUUUCGGAAACGACGCUGAAAACAGCAACGAAAAUGAUGAAGAUGAGGAAGGAGAAAGCUUCGAGCAGCUGAUGGCCCCUUGGAAGGCAUCCCGCAAUUUCCUGCUGGCUUCUCAAGGUAAGGCUAUGCUUAAGCUGCAUGGUGAAGGUGACCCUACAGGCCGUGGAGAAGGAUUCAGUUUUAUCAAAACCUCGAUGAAGGGUGGCUUCAAGGCUAUUGGCGAAAGUGUGGAAGACAAGCUCGAUGCACAGCGGCUUAAGGAGCUUGGCGGGCAUAGUUACAAUGUUGCACGUCAACAAAAGUCCUACGAAACCUCCAUUCGGCGCAUUUGGGAUGCUCAGAAAGCCAGUCUCUCGUCGACGAUUGAGCACUCGGACGAAGAGAGUGACAUCGAUCAAGGAGAGAUUGAGGAGUUCAAUAAACCAACUCCACGAUCUGAAGCUCCCACGCCCGCCCCUACGAGACGCUACGAUGACGAGACGACCAGUCAAUUCAGUCGCAUGAGUUUCGCAAGCCAGAAAGGCAAAGUUCUUAGAAUCACGCGCCAGUACAAGGCCCCCAAUGGCGAAAUUCUGGAGAAGGAGCAACUCGUGUGGGAUCCGCGAGUCAUCCGCCAGUACAUCCAGCACCGCCAUCGCUCUGAAGCUCUCACAACCAAAUUGGAGUCUCUGCAACCAACCGGUGAUCCAGAGGUCGAUGCUCGUAAUCGCAAGUUGAUUGAGGCCGAGCUGAGUCGCCUCAACCGAAACAAGGAGCGCCGUUUCGCGCGCGAGAAACAAAAAGGCAUCUCACGCUCGGGCGAUUCCCCUGCGGACGGCAAACCUGCUGGGACGCAGCGCAAAUGCGCCAACUGUGGACAGGUUGGACACAUCAAGACAAAUAAAAAGCUUUGUCCAUUACUGAACGGAACGAUGAAGCCCGAAGAUCGUGUGACGGACUCUGCAUUCUCUAUGAGUGCCCCCAUUCUGUGA